AUGCCGCCGCCGAGCGUGACUAAAACCGACGACUUCAGGUUUGUGACCUGCUCCAAGCCCGGAUGUUCCUCGUCAUUGGCCUCCUCCGAGUACAAGGCCAUGACCCUUAGGGCCGGGUACAAUAUGUACUACGCUCACGACUACCUUCGAGAUUAUGGAGAGGCUGAGGAGCACCGUCAAGCCCCUGGCGUCGGUCUUCAUCUUCUACGACGUCGAGACCCCGUGAUCAAGACCAUGGUGAGGAAGAACAACAGCCCUCUGAUCGGCAAGUUGAGCCCCUUUGUCUAUAUGCUAGCUGCGACUUGCUCUUCCCGGUCACGUCGUUUAUCUGGGCUAUGA